UUAUACUAAUCUUUUCGAAAAAUGUUGGUCUGCUGAACCGGACCAACGCCUAUCUUUAGACCAAGUUUUAGUUGAACUCAAUAAACUAUCAACGGAAACUACAGUAGAGUUUAUUAUAAAUUCUAUCUAUAGUGAUGAUGAAAAUAUUCAUGCAAAGCCUAAUACUUCGACAGAUUCAGAAAUAUUUCCGGAGGAGAUUAAAACUUUUGAUUAUAAAGAAUUUAGCGAGCAUCGUAAAAUUGGGAAAGGUAGAUUUGGAAUAGUUUAUGAAGCUAAGUGGAAAGGCGAAGGACUGAUG